UCUCUAAACCUAACCUCUCUCUCUCUCUCUAGUUCGAGGGUCUGAUUCUCUACAACAAUGGCGAGAACCAAGCAAACAGCUCGCAAGUCGACUGGAGGAAAGGCCCCAAGGAAGCAACUUGCCACUAAGGCGGCUCGAAAAUCAGCUCCUGCAACUGGCGGUGUGAAGAAGCCCCACCGUUUCAGGCCUGGAACUGUGGCUCUUAGAGAGAUAAGGAAGUAUCAGAAGAGCACUGAGCUCUUGAUUCGCAAGCUCCCUUUCCAGCGUCUGGUUAGGGAAAUCGCUCAGGAUUUCAAGACUGAUUUGAGGUUUCAGAGUAGUGCGGUUGCUGCUUUGCAAGAGGCGGCUGAGGCCUAUUUGGUGGGCCUUUUUGAGGAUACCAAUCUCUGUGCUAUUCAUGCUAAGAGGGUUACUAUUAUGCCCAAGGAUAUUCAGCUUGCGAGAAGGAUCAGGGGUGAGAGGGCUUAAGGGGCUCUUGCUCUCUCUCUCUCUCUCUCUCUCUUUCUCUUUCUCUCGAAAUGGGGCUUCUUUUUUUGAUUAUGGGGUUUUGUGGAAAAUGGGUUUUACAGGAGAGAGAUGGUGAAUGGUGUAUCAAAUCUCAAUCUUGUAAUGAUGGAAAUUCUCAUUUCCUUUUUCAUUGUAUUUCUGCUCUAUUUCUCUAUCUCUGACACUUAUCUUUCUCUCUCUCUAUCUCUAUUGCUCUGUGUCUCUUGUAGGUUUGAGUUCGGGUUUCUAUUAGGGUGUUGUCUGUAAAUUUCUUUUAAUGUUAAUUUUGCUUCUCUUAUGUUCAGAAAUGAAAUGGUCUUGAACUGAACAUAUAAUAUUGUUUCUUAUUUC